UAAUUUAUACAUUUCUAUUAUCAUCAAUACAUCUUACAGUUUGUUUCAUCGUUGCGAUAUCGUUGGCAUGUGUUGGAAGUGUUCUCACAAUUCUGCAUAUGUUAUCUUCGUACAGGACAAAUCUGUUAGCCUUAUAUAAGGGAGACAACACGCAUAUUCCAUCCAGGUCUACUCUAGAAAAUUCAUCUCUUCUGACUGGAAGUAUCAAGUAUGCUGGAUACCAAGUGGCUUAUAUUGCAUGGGGUUUUAUUCUACAAUUGAUAGUUUUGUUCCUUUCUGCGCUUGUCAUCAGCAUAAUAAUAGCUUUGAUCCGCCUUGGCAUUUAUCAAUGGAUUUUGACCCUUUUGUCUAGUAUAUGGCCAGCAGUUUUGAUGACUAUAAUGGUCAUGUUGGCACAGACAAUUUUGACAAAAUAUGCGUUCUUGCAAGAGAAUGGGGAAGUUUUAGCGAUUGACAACAGGUAAUUUAAACAUCAUAUCUAUCUUAUAAGGUACCACUUGUCACAUCUAUUCCACAAGGAAACUAUAAUUGUACAUUCUUUACAAAGGGAUAUUC